AUGGGUUGGCUUCAAAUCGUAGGUUUUUGCGCAUCGCUGCCGCUCACUUUGAACGCACAGCAGUUUGCGCAAAUCACAUAUGCGUAUGAGGCGCUUGGUCUGGGCGAGACUUGCUUCGCAGCAGUCAACGCCACUGUCCAAGAAUGCUCCGGUCUUUCACCCAAUUAUAUCGCAAUUGAUGGCAAUCCUCGGCUUUUGAAGAAAGCUGAGUUGGAGGAGCUGUGUGUGCCAAGCUGCGGCAGAGCGCUACAGGAUUCCAAGUCGGCCAUAGCCGGAGCCUGCGAAAAGGAUUCUGUAGUGAAGAGUGGCCAGAAGUACCCAGUAACUUUGAUGAUUGACUAUAUAUUGUACAGCUACACUCUGUCAUGCCGCAAAGAUCCCUCAUCCGGUCAGUUCUGCGAUAUUCUGUACCAGAAACACCGAGAACAACCAUCACAAGACCUAGUCUGCUCGGAUUGCCAGAUUGGCACUUGGAAAGACCAGCUGGAGUCUCCUGUUGGCUAUGAUCCACAGUAUGCAGAGGAGUUUGCUGCGCUCACUGCGUCCUGCAAGACAGGUGGGUACGCGUUCAAGACGCCGUCAUACUCGGUCAUUCAACCUGUUCCGACCUCUCAGCCUGUGUUCACCUGUGAGAGGCCAUAUACGGUGGCUGCUGGUGAUACGUGCUCAUCUGUGGCCCAAAAGCGCAGUGUCACGGAAUACGGAAUUUCUGACUUGAAUGGCCUGAGCAUUGACUGCGAUCCUCUACCAGUCGGCAAGACCAUAUGCAUACCACCGACAUGCAAAGUGCACAAGAUUGGGGCGGCGGACGACAUCAAUGGACUCGCUGCCAAAUACCAGGUGACUGUGGGACAGCUUGUAGCUUGGAAUCCCAUGAUCAGGCUUGACGGUAGCAAUCUUCGUAAUUUAUUUGACCGUUCAAUUUGCAUUAGUGCUCCUGGCGGAGCGGUAAAUGUCGAUCGAGGCCGGCCGGAAAAAGCGGUGCCAGUCCCGAAAAAUGCCCACGGAGACUCCAACAAGAAUUGUGGCAAGUGGUACACGGUCAAGAAGGAUGACAACUGCGCCAAGAUAAGCCUGGCCAACAGCGUCUCCCUGGACGACUUUUACUUUCUCAACCCCGGUGUCGACAAGACGUGUUCCAACUUGUGGCUCAACUACGCAUACUGCACACAAGCCGUCGGCGAUAUUAAGACUUAUCCUGGCUAUCCGGUGACGAUGCCGUCAACGACCUUUACACGCCCGGCGCCGACUCCCACUAAGCCUCGCCAAGAGAAGCUACUCGCUCCUGGUACCAUUCAAGACUGCUUCAAAUAUGAAGCGGGCUUUGACAUGUACUACCUGGAUUUAGAUACGCUCAAUACUUGUCAGAGUUUUGCGCACUGGAACAACGUCACAAUUGACGAGUUGCGAGAAUGGAACCCGAGCCUGCCCGUGGGUCGUUGCAUGUUCUCAAAGACUCAACGAUAUUGCGUGCAGAAAGUGAAAGUAGAAAUACCGGUUCCGAAAGAGAAGAAACCUUGGUGCAUUAAGCUGCGCCCGCGCCCCGAUGCCAUCAUUGAGCCUGGCACAGCUAAGGACUGUGACUGCUACUCAUUUGUUAGCGACUGGGAAAUCAAAUACGAUGUUACUUGUGAAGUUGUGGCGGAUAAGUUUGGGAUAGACCUGGCUACAUUCAGGGCUAUGAAUCCCUGGUUGUCCGAGAUGUCUUGCACAAAGGACUUGAUUGCUGGUCUUAGUGAAGAAAAAAAUUAUAAGUAUGUUUGCGCUGGAGUACCUGGACUUCCCCCGAAACCAACAAGCACCACAACGGCAACGCCCACCACCAAGACAACCCCGACCCCAACGUCGACGCCAUCGACAUCCACCUCGACACUCACGCCUACGAAGCCGACAUUUACAGGCGGCACAGCUGCGACACCGAGCCCUACACAGUCAGGCAUGAUCAAGACUUGCAACCGCUUUCACUACGUGCCCAAGGGCGGCCAGUCCUGCGACAGCAUUGCUCGGGAGAAUGGCAUCAGCGUCCCCGACUUGCGCAAUUGGAACGCCAUAGUCGGAAAGGACUGCGCUGCACUCACUGUGGACUCGUAUGUGUGCGUCAGCGCCGAUAUUCCGUAUUCUUUCCAGCCAGAAAUGGCGGGAUGGACCAUUUACGGCGACGGCUACAAAGUCAGCGACGGAACCUUGGUCGCGAGCAGCUCCGCUGGUAACAAGGCCAUCCUGAACACGCCGUGGACUGAUGCCGACAUCAGCAUGGACGUCAAGUUGGAUGGAGACACGGGAGAUGCGGGUUUCAUCUUGCGCGGGUCCAACAUGGGCACUGGCCCCGACGCGUAUAGCGGCUACUACGCCGGCAUCAGCGCGUCUGGCUGGGUUGUUCUCGGCCGUGUCAAUAACGGAUGGAACCAGAUUGGCCGGUCCAACGCAAGCAUACCAAAGAAUACCUGGCAGAAACUGCGCGUACGUGCCAUCCGCGACAGUAUUGAGGUGUUUCUGGGCUCCGGCAGGACGCCCCUCAUCACCGCGCGGGAUGCCACCUUUGGCAGCGGCCUCGUGGGCACUCGCGCGUACUACACGGGCGCCUCUUUCAAGAGUCUGUCCAUUCUCCCGGCGCGGUUCGAAGAUUUCCAGAGCAUGCCUGAUGACUGGACAACGUAUGGCCGUGCCUUCAACAUGACGCCCAACGGCAUGAUUGUCGUUGCCGAGGGGGAGGCGCGGGCGGCCGACUCUACCAAGUACGCCGACGUCGUAGUCGAAGCAAACUUGGCCAUCAUCAACGAAGUUUCCGGCGAGUCGGGGGUUCUCUUUCGCGCAUCCAAUGUCAAGGAAAGCAGCUACCGCGGCUACUAUGCCUAUCUGAGCCUGGAGAACGGCGUCGUGUUGGGCCGACAGGACGACGCUGGAUGGAAGCAACUACAGAGCGUCAAGGUGGAAUUGAGACGUGAGACAGUCUACAACCUCCGCGUGGAGGCUUACAGCUCUUCACUCUACGUAUAUCUGGACGGCGAGAUGAAGGUGCGCGCCGACGACGGCCUCUUUAUGCGAGGCGUCGUUGGGCUGCGCUCCGCUUACGCGCUGACGCAGUUCCAAGGCAUGUACAUUACAGGCCAGCGGUCGUCUAUCGUUAUCGACGACUUCUCAGACGGCACCAUGGCUGGCUGGCAGGUCUACUCUGGCGAAUUUGACGCCUCAUCUCAGGUUCUCGUGGCCAAGAGCGCGGUUGACGGUAAGGCCGCGCUGGGUAGCUUCUUCGCCAACGUCUCCAUAACCGUGGACAUUGCGUUCCCCGAUGGCGGCGGCGGCGGCGGCGAUGCGGGCGUCAUAUUCCGUGUCGCGGAGCUGGGACCCGGUCCGGAUGAUUUGCGCGGAUACUACACGGGCAUCUCCCGCGACGGAUGGGUCAGGGUCGGGCGCAUGGACCGCGGCUGGCAUGAGUUCAAGAGAGGAAAGACGUGGGAGCUCCAGGGGCCAACCAAGAUGAUUGUGUCGGCCAGCGGGGAUACGAUUCGGGUCGUGGUCCACAGGCAGGUACUGGUCGAGACACAAGACGGCAUAUUUGCGGGCGGUCUGAUGGGCGUGCGGACGUAUCAGACGGACGUUAGCUUUGACAAUUUAUUGGUGAAGGAGAUGUAA